AUGUGGACUACUCUGGACCGCGGACGCUGGGGGAUUUGCUAUUUGUCCCUGGUGGUGGCCAUGGUGUGCGGGGCUCAAAGCGCCAACGAGCCUAGCAACAUGUCAUAUGUGAAAGCCACCGUGGACAAGCUACUAAAGGGUUAUGACAUUCGUCUGCGGCCCGAUUUUGGAGGUGCCCCUGUGGAUGUUGGCAUGAGCAUAGACAUCGCCAGUAUUGACAUGGUGUCGGAAGUCAACAUGGACUACACUAUCACCAUGUACUUUCAGCAGUCAUGGAGGGACAAGCGCCUCUCUUACACUGGCAUUCCGCUCAACCUGACCCUCGACAACCGGGUAGCCGACCAACUGUGGGUCCCUGACACUUACUUCAUUAACGACAAGAAGUCCUUCGUCCACGGGGUGACAGUCAAGAACCGGAUGAUCCGACUGCACCCGGACGGAACUGUGCUCUAUGGUCUCAGGAUCACGACCACUGCCGCCUGCAUGAUGGACCUGCGCAGAUACCCACUGGAUGAGCAGAACUGCACCUUGGAGAUAGAAAGCUACGGAUACACCACUGAUGACAUUGAGUUCUACUGGCAGGGAGGAAGCUCUAAAGGCUCGGUCACUGGAGUGGAGAACAUUGAACUACCCCAGUUCUCCAUUAUAGACUACCAAACGCUCUCCAAGAAAGCUGUGUUUGCUACAGGCUCUUAUCCACGGCUGUCACUGAGUUUCAAGCUAAAGAGGAACAUUGGUUACUUCAUCCUACAAACAUACAUGCCCUCCACCCUGAUCACUAUCCUGUCCUGGGUCUCCUUCUGGAUCAACUAUGAUGCCUCGGCUGCCAGAGUGGCCUUGGGUAUAACCACGGUGCUGACCAUGACCACCAUCAACACCCACCUGAGAGAGACUCUUCCUAAGAUCCCUUACGUCAAGGCCAUUGAUAUUUACCUCAUGGGCUGUUUCGUCUUCGUCUUCUUGGCCUUGCUGGAGUACGCCUUCGUCAACUACAUCUUCUUUGGACGAGGUCCUCACUUACAGAAGAAGGUGGCAGAGAAGGCUGCAAAGUCCAACAAUGAGAAUAAGAGCAGACUGGAAAGCAACAAAGUGCAGGUUGAUGCGCAUGGCAACAUCCUCCUGACCAACCUAACCAAUGAGAUGAGUGGAGCGGAUAUGAUGGGGGCUCUCAACGACCCGCGGGCCACCAUGUUCUCUUACGACAGUGCCAGCAUACAGUACCGCAAGCCAAUGACCAGCCGAGACCUGUAUGGUCGACCGGCCAUUGACCGUCCCAUGGGCCACAAGAAAGGCCGCUUGAGGAGGAGGGCCUCGCAGCUCAAAGUCAAGAUCCCUGACCUCACAGAUGUCAAUGCCAUAGACAAGUGGUCUCGUGUCAUCUUCCCAAUCACGUUCACCUUCUUCAACCUCGUCUACUGGCUUUACUAUGUCCACUAAGGCAGCGACAGUGAGCCUGUUUGGCAACACCACUGCUAGUGAUUUGUUUAUCUAGCUAGCUAGGUCUUGUACAGUGAGGGCAAUGAAGGGGCUGUUCAGCCCAUUUGUAUAAAUUCUAUUGCAGAACGAGAGGAGUCCUGGAAGUC